AUGGAUUUCGUGUAUGGUUUGCCGAAGAGGCAAUUGAGGUUUGACGGCAUUUGGGUGAUUGUAGACCGACUCACCAAGACUGCUCACUUCCUACCUGUUCGACAAACCUACUCACUAGAGAAGUUGGCUAAACUAUUCAUUGAUAAUAUCGUCAAGCUUUAUGGUACCGAUGGUCAAUCGGAGAGUACGAUUCAGACCUUGGAGGACAUGUUGAGAAUGUCUGUUCUCCAGUGGAAGGGUAGCUGGGAUAGUUAUUUGCCAUUGGUUGAGUUUGCUUACAACAACAACUACCACUCCAGUAUCGGCAUUGCACCUUUUGAGGCAUUGUAUGGGAAGGCAUGCCAGACACUGCUGUGUUGGAUAGAGUUGUCUCCCUGGAAGGGGAUGGUUCGAUUUGGUAAACGAGGGAAAUUGAGCCCUCGAUAUGUUGGUCCCUACCAGAUCACGGAGAGAAUUGGUGCAAUUGCUUAUAGACUGGAGCUACCGCCGAAGUUGUUGCAGAUUCACAUCGUAUUUCAUGUUUCCAUGCGUCAGAAAUAUGUAUCAGAUCCCUCGCACGUCAUUCAGCCAGAACCAUUGGAAGUGAAUCAGGAUGCGAGUUAUGACGAGGAACCAGUGGCUAUCAUUGACCGACCGGAUAAGACUUUAAGGAACAAAGUCAUUCUGUUGGUGAAAGUGCUGUGGAGAAACCAUGCCGUCGAGGAAGCGACAUAG